AUGAAUUUUGAUUCUAGUUCUUCUUCUAGUGAUGAAAUCUAUGAUUACAUGCUUCUAGAUUUUAUUGAGGAGAAUCGGCAACAACAAGUUAUAGAGGAUACAUUAAAAUACGUUGUUAACACCGCUGUGCAACAACAAGAAGGUCAAGGUUCAAAGCCUGAAAGAAAGAAAAGGAUAGUCGUACCAAGGGAUCGUGAAGGAGCACAUGAUCGGUUGUUUGCAGAUUACUUUAGUGACCAUCCAUUAUAUGGAGAGGACAAAUUCCGUCGUAGGUUUCGUAUGCGAAAACCUCUAUUCAUGAAGAUAGUGAAUAAGUUGAUUGUAACUGAUCGAUUCUUUCAACAACAUCCAGAUGCCACUAUGCGGCUCGGUGCUUCUACAAUUCAAAAAUGCACUGCAGCAAUGAGGAUGUUAGCAUACGGUUGUGCAGCUGAUCAAGUUGACGAGUAUCUAAAACUUGGGCCAAGUACGGCAAAAGAAUGCCUUACGCAUUUUGUUGAUGAGGUGAUUCGUGAAUUCUCAACAGAAUAUCUUUGUAAACCAACAUCUGAAGAUCUUGUUCGUCUCCUUAGACAGGGGGAAGAGAGGGGUUUCCCUGGCAUGAUGGGGAGCAUCGAUUGUAUGCAUUGGGAGUGGAAAAAUUGUCCAGCUGGUUGGAAAGGGAUGUAUCAAGGAAGAUCUAAAAGGGCGACAGUGAUCUUAGAAGCUGUUGCUUCUUGGGAUUUAUGGAUUUGGCAUGCCUUUUUUGGUACGCCAGGGACGUGCAAUGAUAUUAACUUUCUUCAGCGUUCUCUAGUCUUUGAUGAUGUUUUGAAUGGUCGAGCUCCCCAAGUUCAUUUCACUGUGAAUGGAAGUACCUAUAAUCAAGGGUAUUAUCUUACAGAUGGGAUCUAUCCAAAAUGGGCAACAUUUAUUUCUGCCAUAACCGCCCCACAAACUCCUAGACAAAGGUUGUUUACGAUCAAACAAGAAAGCAUUAGAAAAGAUGUUGAGCGUGCUUUUGGUGUUCUACGGGCACGGUUUGCAAUAAUAAGACAACCGGCUUUGGCAUGGAGUAUUGAGCUGCUUUGGAAAAUCGUAAUGGCAUGUAUCAUCAUGCACAAUAUGAUCGUGGAAGAUGAGCGUGACAAUUACCCGAAUCACUGGGAUCCAAGAGAAUUUUCUAUAGAGCAACCCGAGAAUCUGCCAGGAUCAUCAAGGAGAGGAUCAACGACUUUCACUGUUACUCCUGGACGAUAUCUAUAUCUAAACUUAACCCCGAUGAUGGCUACACGAGUAGAUCUUCGUGAUAGAGAAAUCAAUACGUCUUUGAAGAAUGAUUUGGUCGAACAUAUAUGGGCCAAGUUCGUGAGCACUUAUGUGAGUAAUUCAACUUAA